UUUUAGAUUGACUUCUUAGAAAAAAGAAGGACAUUUACCCACAGUUUCGUAUAAAAAUCACAUGAUCAAGAAUACGGAUUGCCUGUAACUUUUGUAAAGAGGGUCUAUUUAAGGACUAAGUCUUGUUGCUUUCAGUAUCUUAUGGAGAAUAAUUAAACACAUUUAAUUAAGCGGGAGCUGUAACUGAUAACAGUGGUAAUGAAUUUCAAACUUGUGCUAGCAUUGGUUUUGUUUGCUUGCGUAUGGGUUACGGAUGCUUGUAACCGAAAUAAUGUAAAUGCCUGUUCAGAUGAUGCUAAUUGUCAUAUAAAAAGUACAGAUCAUCAUGAUAGGAGAAAAAGGAGUGAUCAAAAGAACAGGACUCAAUACAGCAUCACGCUUCAACAAGACCCAUGUAAAUUCAGUACUUACGACGCCGACGACGACGGAGCAAUCACUAGGGCCGAACUCCAGGCUGUACUCGGUAUCAAUGAGGAGGCUAACGCUUUCUUCGCAGACUUAGAUAUAAUGAAAGAUGAUGAAGCCUCGGUGAUAACACCGGACGAAUUCUUCACGAUGGCACCUCUAAUCAUUGCUGAAUGUUCCGCCUCUGAAAUAUAACGACACUUCGAGUACACUUUCGAAGAAGCUGUUUCCACAUAAAAAACGAUAUUAACUCACAUUCAACAUUGUGUUUGCAUAGAAUAAGACAAAAUUUUAACGCUUCUGAUGGCACUUUUUGAAUUUAAGUAUAGAUUGUAAUGUUUUAAUACGGACAAUGUCAGCAAGAUAUCUAUUUAAAGAUUACUGCCAUAUUGCACAAUUUGGUCUUCUGCAAUUGUUUGCUUUUUCUCAGUGUUCUGUAAUUUGUUAUAAAUUAUGUGAUCUUAUCAUGUUGAAUCUUAGGCUGUAAAUGAUUGUAAUUUUAAUUCCAAUACAUUUUAAGGUGGCAUUGUGUGUAUCAUAAGUGAAAUAGCUUAUACAUAAAUUACACAUAAAAACGAUAUUUCUUUUUACUAUUUGUCGUUCUUAGAUAGAUACAGCAGAUAUAGAGACAGCUAUUGUCCAGUAAUCGUCUUUGUUAAAUCUAAAACACCAUGAACGCUACACAUUGGUCCCGACUAACAUAGGUUUUCAGUUACUCCUUUGUCGUGUUUCUCUAUCUUUAAUUUUUGUUUGUAAAUAUUAUUUUUACAGUUUAAUUCAACACUUCAGAAUGAGUUUACUAUUUCGUAUGAUUGUAAAUCAAAUCAUAUUAUUUAUUAAACCACUAAUGCAUAUACUGACAAGAGGAUACGCAUCAGGUGAUCCGCUAAUCCAAACAAUUGUAUGCCCUUACUUGCUAUUACACAAUGUAAAUUACAUUCUUACGUGAAUAAAUUCUAAAUGAUAUCGUGAAAA